AUUUCAUAGAAACAAUUAUAAAAAUAAUCCAUUUCCCCAGUAUUUUCUCCCAGAAACAUUGAUUUUCUAAGAGAGAAAGAGAAUCACUGUUUAAUAUAAAUAUGUCGAAGUAAAGUCUUCAUUAAAUCGAUAGGAUACAUUAAAUAAUUAAGUACUCUCGGGGGGAAUGAAAAAGUAUCCGCGCGUGUAAGCUUUGUUAUCUGAUGCGCAUUUAAAAGUAAACUGUGACUGACCGUAUUCAGUUAACAUUUAUACAACCAGAUGUCACUUCCCAGUUAUAUCUUUCCCAUCUCAACCACGCACAAACACAUUCUUACUCCCUCGUUUUCUGUUUACGCAUCCUCCAUUUAGGGUGAUUUAUACAAGUUGACACUUUUAAUCAGUGCGUUCAGUCAGCUGUUAUUUAAUAUAUAUUAUAAUUAUUAAUAUAAAAUUUAUAUAUUUUUUCUAUAUUUAUUGCAAAUGCACUGAGCAUAUACUAAUCUUAUUUCAAUGGGCAAGACGUAUUAUUGCGAUUACUGCGACAGAUCUUUCAAGGAUGAUGUGGAAGCCCGUAAAAAGCAUCUGUCCAGUUUGCAACAUGUAAAAAAUCGAGCGAAUCAUUAUAACACAUUUAAAGAUCCAGAAACGAUAUUGAAAGAAGAAUAUGCGAAGACUCCAUGCAAACGUUAUAUGACAGUUGGAGACUGCGCUUUCGGUUUCGGUUGUCGAUAUUCACAUUACACGCCGCACAUGAUAUGGGAACUUCAACAGCUCGUUGCAAUGAAAAAUUACAAAGCCUCGACAAUUCAACCUAAAAAUGGUUGGCCAAAUUCGGAAGAUAUUAUUAAAGAAUAUUUUGAGAACCCGCUGGACUCGAGCGGUACCGAGGAGCUUAAUUACCUAGUAUGGAGUAUACCAUCAAGAUUAAUUAAUUAUCCUUAUUUACCGCCAUCUUUGCAACCGGUUACGUCAGAAAGAAUGAUCGACUGCAAUUUUAGCAAAUGGGGUUGAAAAAUCUAUACGCUUAAAAUAUUUUUAAGAAUAAAUAACAAAUAUAUAUUCGCAA